AUGGACGACUGUUCAGCUGACGAUCUCUUCCUGGUGUUGGAUACUGACUGUUCUGGUUAUAUUGACAAAUCGGAACUUGGCGUUGCUUUUCCCGAUUUGGCGCCGUCCGAACUUGAUGAUUUGUUCAGCUUGUUGGAUAAAAAUAAAGAUGGCAAGAUCACUGUUCCCGAGUUCCGAAGGAGUUACAAAGACUGUGUUAGACAGGUAAAGAAGCGGAGGACAUCCAGUCAGGAUGGUAUCCUGGACGACUUUGUUGGUCCCUUGGAUGAAGGUCUAAAGGCACUCUCUUGUCAGGAACAAGUCUGUGAAUUGUACCAACACCUUCAUGCAAGCGACAACCCGGAACUCCUCGAAAACUUUGAGUCUAUUAUCCUCGGAGUCAUUAAAGAUGUUCGAGGAUACAAGGUUGAGAACGAACGUCUGGAGAAGAGCUUCCGAAGGGAGAAGGACCAACACGAGAAACAUCUCAGACAUUUGGAAGAGGAAAUGGAAAAAGAAAUGAAGAAAAUGGAAGAGAAAAUAAGACAAAAGGAGCAAGAAAAAGUGAUGGCAGAGAGGGCUGAAUUGAAAAAGGAAGUAGAGGAGGAGUUAAUUACAUUACGGCAAAACCUCACCAUUAUGCAGGAGGAAGGCAACGGUCAGAAAAACAAGGAACUAGAGGAACAUCUCUUGGAUAUGAAGAAACGCCUGGAAGAGAUAACUAUUGCCAAUCGACAACUGAAGAGCGAGCUGACGGACACUCGUACAAACAUGGCGCUUGUCCGAAGUGAAUUGGUGUCCGUACGAAACAAUUACACUGACAAGUGUCGCGAGCUACAUCGAGAGAAGGAGACGGUGAUGGACAUCGUAAAGGAACAGGAUAACCUUACCAGGCAGCUUCACCUCCUUCAUGAUGCUAACAAACAGCUACAUGAUACAAAUGAUGAUUUACGGGAGGCCGUUGUUAACCGCAGUAUACCGAAGUAUAGCCCAACCCCAAUGAUACAGAACCAUUCCCGAUCGUCCUCUAACGCGUCCAUGAUAGAGAGAGAACGACGUGGUUCUCUCAUGAGUGAUUACAUACAUAGUGGUCCUCCAUCUAUUAACUCAUUGCAUCUCAGUCGAGAAACCUCAAUAGCCGAAGAUGAAUUACUUGAUGACAUUUCUAUCUCCGGAUCAUUACCCUCACCACGAAUAAUUCGAGCACGACUUCCCAGAGAGGAAACCUGUGAAGAGGAUAACAUCUGUGAUGACAUAGCAGACAGCGGGCACUCCACACUUCGUGAUCACAACGACAUCGACUCUGAGUCAGAAAUUCUUCCGGAACACGAUACCCGACAUAACCACAUCCGUAAAACUAGACUCAAUCGCAGAGCCUUCAUUGAUGUCGAUGAUGAGGACCCAGACUCACAUGACGAAGACUCAGAAGGUGAAAGUCGCUUUGAGCGUGACCCAAGGGUCUAUAAAUAUAAAGACACGUCUCGUCUUCCAGUAACGUCGAACAAACGUGGAAGUGCCAGAUCACGAAGUCGUGAUAACCAAGCCGGAAGAGAUUCGGGUGGUUCCGGUGGUCGCCGCUCUAUCAGGAAACAACAAAAAACUAAAAACGAGGUCAUGCAGCCGAUAAGUCGAGAACCUGAGAGAAUGUAUAAAAUAGUGCUGGCUGGUGAUGCAGCUACUGGGAAGUCCAGUUUUAUCAUGAGACUAUGUAAAGGAAAAUUUGUCUCCAACCUCAGUUCAACACUAGGGGUUGAUUUCCAGACGAAAGUGAUGGAAGUAGACGGUCGUACCAUAGCACUACAGCUCUGGGACACCGCAGGACAAGAGAGGUGAGGACGAGUGUUUCGCAGUAUUGCCAAAUCCUACUUCCGAAGAGCGGAUGGUGUGUUCCUAUUGUACGACUGUACAUACGAGAGAUCCUUCCUUAACAUUAGAGAAUGGCAAGAAUCCAUAGGAGAGAGUGCUCAGAAGAAUAUACCAGUUAUGUUGUGUGCAAAUAAAACUGAUUUAAGAGAUACAAAUGAGAAACAGGGACGGAAGGUUGUGCACUUCGAGGAUGGUCAGAGACUAGCAAGGGAGUGCGACAGUCUUUUUAUAGAAACCAGUGCCAAGGAUGGAUCUAACGUGAUAGAAGCCGUCAUAGAGUUAACAAGGUUAAUGAGGGCGAACGAGGAUUUGGAAGUGAAAACAGUCGGGCUGCAACUAGCUGAAGGAAAAAAUGAGACCAAGAGCUCGUGCUGUUGA